AUGCCAGACGAGUCGGGGCGCCGCAUCAUCAUCGAGAAAUCCAGUACGGUCCGACGCCGGUACCAGCGGAGCAACAAGCGAUUCAAAUUCACCGCCUCGCAAUUACGACGGAUUGAACGCGAGGAAGAGCUUGAGCGUCGGGCGAAAGCUCUAAAGGAAAAAGAGGAGAAGCGGCGAGCCAACAAGAAGAAAAAGGCUGAGAAGGAGGCGAAAGACCGCGAGGAGCGAAAGAGGCUCGGAUUGCCGGAUCCUAAUGCACCCAAGAUCCCGGCCAGCCAACAGUUGCUCUCCGCGUUUCUGGGUGCGAAGUCCAGGCAACCCGUCGAAGAACAGCCUGUUGAUACAACUGUCGAUUCUACAGCUACGGAUAAUGAUGAAGGGGGGGAUACGGAAGUUGAUAGCGCGGGGGGCGACACCGAGCCAGAGUCGGAUAUAUUUGACGACCUAGAUGAGGAGAUAAUCGAAGAAGAAUUUUCAUGUCUUCAAGAUGCGGGCAUCCCCAAGAACUCUGAGAUCCCCGAUGUCUCUGAUUACCCUGAGGAUCCCGGUGUUGGCAACGACGUUAGCGCAGAGUCACUCUGCUCUCCGAAAGAUGACGACGAUGACGAAUUCUCUGAUUGUUCAGUAUUUGACGAUGCCGACAUUAUGAAUGAAGCAAUUGCUAUCGCCGCGUCGCGACUGUCCCAACCAACUCCUCUUCCUACCACAUCUAACGCCCCUCUAGCACCUACGAUGGGCCCGCCGCGAUCAAGCGGGCCUUCCAAAUCCGUGACCACUCCAAUACCCUCACUUGGAGAUUCUUUCCGCGACGAAACAGCCGAUUAUCUAGAGGACGUCUUCUCGCGUGGCUGCGGCGACUCAUUUGGCGAGUUAGUCCAGCUGGGCUCGGGCACACGAUAG